AUGUCGCAUCAAUCCUCGGCAUCAGCCGUCCAAAAAGCAACGAAACAGGCACGUCAUCACCCUUACCAUUCGUCCCAAAACAACGACGGGAGGAUUAAUGGAAUAGGGCAGAUAAACGGGUCGGCCCUGGCUCCUAUCCGGAGAAGAAUAAGUCGGGCAUGCGAUCAGUGCAACCAGUUACGGACGAAAUGUGAUGGGAAAUUGCCCUGCCAACAUUGUAUCGAUUUUACAUUAAAGUGCGAGUAUGCGAGGGAGAGAAAGAAGCGUGGAAAGGCUUCAAGGAAGGACAUUCAGGCCGCCGCCGCAGCGGCGGCGGCCCAGCAGAAUGGUAUGGUGAAUGGUAAUGCUUCGCCAACGGACCAGAUGCGUGUUCUCAAUGGGAUUUCACAGUCAUUAGAUCUUCCCCCACCUCCUCGUCCUGGGAUGGUCAGGAAGCCAUCCUCAUCUGUUGCCAGUACCAGGACAUCCCUUAGCGACCUUCACGAUCUGUCCCAACAUCAGAUUCACCACCAUCAUUUGCCUGCUCAACACCACCAUCACCAUCACCUUCCUAACCCAGAUUCCCCGUCACUGCAAUUGAACCAUGAAGGCGUUCCCACCGGUAUGCCCAUGCACUUUGAUAGAAUGUCUCCAUUCCAACAUCAGUCACCCAACGGUGGUGUCGGUGUCGGUGCCGCUCCGCGGAUGCUCCCUAAUCCAUCUACUCAUAGUGGCAUGUCCCAAUCAGGGUCUGCCACAACCAGCGGUUUCCCCGCAAACGAGUUUGUCCUCUCCCCACAGCACCAAGCCCACUCAAUGAAUUUCCCUCAAAACGCCGCGUCGCCACUCUCUGGCUUCCUUGGCGGCCACUCCCCAGAAGAUGGAUCUCCAUCUUGGCUUGCUCUGCCCUCUCCUCCAAGUCCAUCUUUCUCUGCCGGUGUGAGGUAUCCGGUCCUCCUUCCUCUACUUCCCCAUGUCAAUACCAUAAUACCACCAAUUCUUGCAUGCGACUUGUUAGAUUUGUAUUUCGCCAAUCCAACAACAGCCCUUUUCCAACCCGCUUCCCCCUAUGUAUUGACCCACGUUUUCCGCAAGCAAUCGGUACUGCACCCGACAAAUCCCCGACCCACAUCUCCUGCGCUGCUGUGUGCCAUGCUGUGGGUUGCCGCACAGACCUGCGAUGCGCCAUUCUUGAGUACAUCGCCCGCUGCGCGAGGUCGAGUUUGCCAGAAACUACUAGAGUUGUGUAUCAGUCUUUUAAGGCCAUUGGUGCAUGUUGCAUUUACACCAUCUCAGCACUCACAUGGCCAACAUGGGCAUUCUGCGGACUCCGAAAAUGGAUCUGUCGGUAUUGGUCUUGGGGGGUUAGGUGGUGGUCCUGCAGGGUCAACAGGUGGCAGGGAGGGUGUCGGAGCAGCGGGAACUCUAGAUGAUGUUUUGACCUAUGCUCAUCUUGGCAUUGUCAUCUCUGCGAGCGAGUUCAAGAGUGCAUCCCUUAGGUGGUGGCACGCAGCUUGGACUCUUGCCCGGGAAUUGAAGCUUAAUCGCGAGGUUCCCCACGAGAGCAUGGUCGAACAAAUGGGUGAAGACGACCUAGGUGGGCGUCACUCGCCGAGCGAUACUAGCCCAGGCAGUGCACACUCUCACCCUACAGCUGCAGCAGGACGACUGGAGAUGGGCGAGGAGGAGCGGGAAGAAAGGAGAAGAACAUGGUGGCUACUUUAUAUUGUCGAUAGGCACCUCGCCCUUUGCUACAAUAGGCCUCUUGCCCUGCUCGACACUGACUGUGAAAACCUUUAUCUCCCCAUUAAUGAUGCAUCUUGGCAGAAUGGCGAUUUUUUUGGAACCCAUGAGCCCCACAAUCUCUAUGCCCAGCACCCCGUUUCCCCAACCAACACUGGCCACUCACCAGAGAUCCACCGACAGACCGGACCAGUUUUCGAGAUAACAGGUACGGGGUUAUUUGAGUUUUUUUUACCGCUUAUGACGAUUCUGGGGGAAGUGGUGGACUUGCACCAUGCGAGGAAUCGUCCGAAAUUUGGUACGGUGAGACAAGCUGGGACUGAGGGGACUGCCAUGUUUGGGGAGGGGUACGAAGUGCUUGCGCAAGACAUCACCCAGCAACUCGACACAUACGCUAGGAGUCUGCAGCAGUACGAAGCGGAACACCUCCGACCCGAGCUGAAGGAUGGUCAAGAGGGUGACGUGAAGUUGACCGAGUCGGACAUCCAAACCAAGAUUGUGGUUUCUUACGGAACCCAUGUCAUGCACGUCCUACAUAUUCUCCUUUCCGGAAAAUGGGACCCAAUUAGCAUGCUAGAUGAUGAUGACCUCUGGAUCUCAUCCCCAUCUUUCAUCAGUUCAACAACCCAUGCGGUUUCGGCAGCAGAGGCCAUCUCCAACGUCCUCAAGUACGAUCCCGAUUUAAGCUUCAUGCCUUACUUCUUUGGCAUCUAUCUCCUGCAAGGUAGUUUCCUACUACUUCUCAUUGCAGACAAACUACAGGGAGAGGCAUCCAGCGCUGUAGUCACUGCAUGCGAGACGAUUGUGCGAGCACACGAAAUAUGCGUUGUUACGCUCAACACUGAAUAUCAGAGGAAUUUCCGAAAAGUUAUGCGAAGUGCUUUGUGCCAGGUCCGCGGCCGUGGAGCACCUGAGGACAUGGAGGACCAGAAACUCAAGAGGAGGGAGGUGCUACAACUUUAUCGAUGGUGCGGAGACGGCUCCGGACUGGCUUUAUGA